CCUCUACAUUAAUUAAUUAAUUAAUUUAGGUGGGCUAAUUGGGAGUUCCAUCUAGCUUUCGACAUGAGAGUGGGCCCCAAAAUCUCGUUAGCAUCGAUCUACGACCACGACAAAGACAAAUACCGGCGCGUGAUGUACAGAGGCUACAUAUCGGAGCUCUUUGUCCCAUACCAAGACCUAACCGAGGAAUGGUACUUCCGAACCUUCCUCGACGCCGGCGAGUUCGGGUUCGGCAUCUGCGCGGUCCCGUUACAACCCUCGAAGGAUUGUCCUAAAAACGCCGUUUUCUUGGACGGUUACUACACCACCAGAGACGGAACUCCGGCGAAAACGGAGAACGUGUUUUGCGUGUUCGAACGAUACGCUGGAGACAUAAUGUGGCGCCACAGCGAGACAAUACUUCCAGGUGACACCGUGGAGGUGAGAGAGGACGUCACACUUGUUGUGAGGAUGGUGUCCACCGUGGCAAAUUAUGAUUACAUAAUUGAUUGGGAGUUUAAGCAAACUGGCAGCAUCAAAGUCACUGUGAGUUUAUCAGGAAUUCUUGCAGUGAAGGCAUCAAAAUACACUCACAAGGACCAAACAGAAGAUGGAGAGGAAUUAUACGGUACAUUAGUCGCAGAAAACACCAUCGGAACCCGACACGAUCACUUCGUCAACUUCCAUCUUGACCUAGACAUCGACGGCCACGCAAACUCCUUCGUAAAAACUCACUUGAAGACAAAAGUUGUUCCGAACAGCUACGGAAUUCCUCCGUCGUCGCCGAGGAGGAGCUACUGGACGGUCGUGAAUGACGUGGCAAAGACCGAGUCAGAUGCAAAGAUCCGAGUCGGCUCAGGGGAGACCGAGUUGACAGUUGUAAACCCUAACAAGAAGACGAAGAUGGGGAACGAUAUCGGCUACCGUUUGAUCCCCGGUCCGGCGGUGGGGCCCAUGCUGUUGGAGGAUGAUCAUGAGCAGAUACGUGGGGCGUUUAGUAACUACAAUGUGUGGGUUACACCGUAUAAUAACUCUGAGAAAUGGGCUGGUGGGUUGUUUGUUGACCAGUCCCAUGGAGAUGACAAUUUGGCUAAAUGGACCCUCAGGGAUAGGGAAAUAGAGAACAAGGAUAUAGUGUUAUGGUACACAUUAGGGUUUCACCACGUGCCAGUGCAAGAAGAUUUUCCAAUCAUGCCAACUUGGAGUGGUGCUUUUGAGCUGAAGCCAAACAAUUUCUUUGAACGCAAUCCAGUCUUGAAAGUCAACUCACUGAAACCUACCAACUGGGUCAACUGCUCUGCACAUAAGUAACAAGAUUAAUGCAAUGUUAAUGUAGUUGACUUAUUAUGGAUAAUUGUCAACUUUGAUUUACUGUCUGAACUCUGUGUGUCUUGAAUUAAUAAAAGAAGUUUCCAGAACCAGCUUAUUAAGGAGGUAGCUUAA